ACCCAUCUCAUUCUCUUCAUCAAUUGCUCGCUUUAUUAGACAGUUGGGGAUCCAUGAAAGGAACUAUAAUAGCAUGGCUUUGGUUGAGUAGCAUGUUCAUGUUUGGAACAACCAAUGGCUUCUCAUCAAGAAGGUUGAAGGAUGACAAGUGGGACUACCCUACGGUGACUUUUACCACUGCAAAAAGGAGUAACUAUGCCCAUUUUAUUGAAAAAUUGCGAGAUCACUUAGGACGUGGGAAAGACGAGAGACAUGGAAUAACGGUGUUGCCUAAUCCACAUACUGUGCCCGUAACCCAACGCUUUCUUUUAGUGCAAUUAUCAAAUCCUAGAGGUCAUUCCAUUACAAUAGCACUGGAUGUUACCAAUGUAUAUGUGGUUGGUUAUCGAGUGGGAAAUCAAUCCUACUUGUUUCAAAAUGCUCCUUCCGAAGCAUCUUUUUAUCUUUUUCAAGACACCACUAGAUUCUCAAUCGGAUUUGAAAGUAACUAUGAUGCACUCGAAGCUGUUGCAGGUCAACACAGAGAUAGCAUCAACUUGGGAACAAAGACUCCACUUGGGAGAGCUAUCUCGCUUCUUUAUAAUAGUUCUGGGACAACUUCCUCGUCUCAACAGGCAACUUCUCUUAUGGUUUGUAUCCAGAUAAUAUCAGAAGCAACCCGAUUCAAGCAUGUCCAGUUAGGAGUGCCGUGGGGAAAGCUGCGGUGGGUGAUUUAUCACAAACGAAGUGGUAAACCAGAUGCUAUGAUGCUGAGCCUUGAGAAUAACUGGGAGGCCUUGUCCGCAGCAGUCCAGCAAGCUAAUGAAGCUGGUGAGUUCAGUGACAACAGGAUAAUUCAACUACAAAGGGAAGAUGACAGCAUAAUUAACGUAACCAGGGUGAACGGUCCAUUAGUUAUCAACUUAGCUUUCCUCCUUUACGUAUGCAGGGAUCCGUCAUCAUCACCAAGAAAACUUGAUGCAGUAGUCCUGCCAAAUGAUGUUGGUGGUGACGAAGUUUGUUCACAUGAUCCUGAGGCCACCGUGCAUAUUGCCGGUAGAGAUGGCCAAUGCGUUGAGGUGAGAAACGGAGAUUACAGCGAUGGAAACCAAGUACAAUUAUGGCCGUGCCAUAUGAAUACAAAACCGAAUCAAAUUUGGACCUUGAAAAGUGAUGGAACGAUUCGUUCUAAGGACAAGUGCUUGACCGUUUCUGAAUAUUUACCAGCAAAGCCCGUGAUGAUAUAUGAUUGCAACAGUUAUAAUGACACUGAGGCUGCCCAUUGGCAACUACUUGACGAUAGAAGCAUCGUAAAUCCUAAAUCUGGGCUAGUUUUAACAGCAACAUCAAGGUACGGCGGUACCGCACUUGCAGUGGAUUUCAACAUUCAUGCCGCUAGUCAAGCUUGGCUUCCCACUAAUAACCCUCAGCCAUAUCUGACAUACAUUUUAGGGGUUGCUGAUCUUUGCUUGCGAGUGGUGAAUGAAAGCGUGCAGUUAGGUUCCCAGUGUGAUAGAAAAUGGGCUCUUUAUGCAGAUAGUACAAUAAGGCCUGAUCAGAAUACAGAAAACUGCCUCUCUUAUGUUCCUUCUGCCCAGCAAAGAGAAGACAAUGUAAAUCUUGACUCUUGUAGCCAAUCAUCAAAUGCGCAGCGAUGGGUAUUUAUGAAUGAUGGCAGCAUUAGGAAUUUGUACUAUAAACAAGUGCUGCAGGCUUCAGGAAACAAUCCUAACUUUAGACUAGUAAGAGCCUCCACCUUCACUGGAAACCUCAAUCAGAAGUGGUUAGCAUUGCUUUGAAUAGAGUGACCUCUCACGAUGUAACAAUUUCCUCUACUGUAUCACAAACUAUAGCACGUCCUUAUGUAUAAUUGUACUACAAUAAAAGAACAUCAACUUACGUGUGUGACUGUAAGUGCUCACUCAUUCACCCUUUACCCGAUCACAAA